GCAUGAAUAUAUGUGGUGGAACUCCACAACCCGAAUGGAAAUUUUCAAAAAAAGUCCUAAACAAGAAAAAAAGAAAAUUCAUGGCCUUGAAUUUUGCAGCUGCUUCCACUUCUCUCCCAACGCCAUCUCAAGGAACUCGGCCUUUCGGGAUUCCAAAACGCAAAGCUUUUCCAAACAAGCCCAUCUGCGGUGGCGUAAUAGAGAAGCAGAUUUCUCCUUGCCGGGCUGCUCAAUCAGAAGGUGUUACUGAGGACCCUGGUGUAACAGGGUCUUCCGUGCGUGCCCAGUUAGAUCUCUUGGAACAACUGACAUCCACCAGCUCUGCCGGCGGAGGUUACGAGAGUGAUGGGAGCUCCAGUCGGCCUACGAUACGUGAUCAGAUUUCUCAGUUGGUCGGAGACAGAGAUGGUGAUUUUAGCCUUCCAUUAGGUAAAAAGCUGAAAGAGAGCGUGAAUUCCUUGACCAUUUCACAAAAGAGAAACAUCAAACGGCAAGCGUACUUGGAUGUUGUGUCUCAGAGGAAUGACAGCCUUUUCUUCAUCACAAUAGGAGCAUUUGUAAUCCUCCCGCCACUUCUCAUAUUAAUCGUGGCUGUAUUGACUGGUUAUGUGGAGCUUCGUCCAUGAUUGUAAACCAAGCCCUACCAUGGCUGCUUGUGAGCUUAGCUAUCAGAAUCCUACUUUCCCCAUGUGGAUGAGAGACCUGGGCUGUUGAUCAAUGGGCCCACAAAUUAUGUUCCAUUUCCAGAAAAUGGGCUGGUCUACUCAUCAGGGGGGUAUGGACCACUCAUCCUAUUAAAUGUGGAGACUGGAGACUGGCCUUUUCUUUUCAGGUAGCUGCUAUCGUUGGUAGCCUUCACAAUUCUCCUGUAAAUCUUAUGCCUACUGAAUUCUCUCUUAGUCAUCUAAGUCGAGUGCAAUAAUUCCUGAAUCA